GCCGCUGCACUUUCACGGUACCUCUCGAUUGCAGAACCCUCAAUUUCCUAUCAAUGGCUGCCGUUCUAUCAUUCUCUUCCAAAACCAUUUCUACUUUACCUCAAUCCAACUCAAAUCCCAAACUCCCCUCUCAAAAUGCCCAUUUCUCUCCAUCCCAAAACCCUCAAAUUCUCCACAAACUAAACUUCUCCAACCUGGGCCGUCGCAAAAUCUCCUUAACCCGAGCAAAAUCCAACGAAUUUAUCCAGAAAAUUGCCAAGGACGAACCUCUACUAUCCUCCGACGUGAAGCCAGUGAAAUUCAUAUUCUGGGUGUUGCUGUGGGCGUCUGUCUCCGUUGGGCUCUACGCAUUUUCCGGCGAAGCCAAAGCCGUCGCUGCAGCUGUCGCUUCCGAUUCAAUUAGGGCUUCGGGCUUCGGCGUUAGGGUUGCUAACGCAUUGCGGGCUUCGGGAUGGCCCGAUGAGGCUGUUGUCUUUGCCUUGGCCACGCUUCCAGUGAUCGAGCUGCGUGGCGCCAUUCCUGUUGGUUAUUGGCUGCAGAUGAAGCCUGUGAUGCUCACCGUCUUGUCUGUUCUUGGGAACAUGGUCCCCGUGCCCUUUAUCGUGCUAUAUCUGAAAGCAUUCGCGACUUUUCUUGCUGGAAAGAAAGAAUCACCGGCUUCCCAAUUCCUCGACAUGCUAUUCAAGAGGGCAAAGGAGAAGGCCGGGCCAGUAGAGGAGUUUCAGUGGCUCGGGCUGAUGCUGUUCGUUGCAGUGCCCUUUCCUGGCACGGGGGCUUGGACAGGGGCCAUCAUUGCCUCUGUAUUGGACAUGCCCUUCUGGUCUGCUGUCACGGCCAAUUUUGUCGGAGUUGUGCUAGCUGGACUUCUGGUGAACUUGUUGGUGAACCUUGGGCUCAAAUACGCCAUUGCGACCGGUAUUGUUCUAUUCAUCGUCUCCACAUUCAUGUGGAGCUUCCUUCGAGGAUUGAAGAAGUCUUUCUCUACAUCAAACUGAUGUUAGCAGCAUAGCACAUUCUUAGCUUUGAUCAAAAGCAGAAUCCUUGAGACCUUGACUGUUUAGGGUUAGAUGAGAGAAAUCCGAGGCCAUUGUUGUAGUAGACGUUUAAAGUGAGGCUUAUUGCACAAUUGCAAAAUUUGUGUCCAUUAGCUUUGGGUUUAUUGGACCUUUUACAUGGUAACAUAAUAUUGAAUGGGCCUCAAUCUAGGCCUCACCCACGAGCCCAUCGGGCCAUAAUGGCCCUGUCGUGAAUAUGUGUUUUUUAUAUGCU